GAGUUUUAAAAGAAAAAUACUUUUUCAAGAAUUAAUGAAGAAGAAAAAUAAUGAAGAUUUUUAACGAGGAAACCAUCCCGCGCGACUUAAGAAAACUCUUAUCAAACAUUGACAGUUAUAUUCCUGUAUACAGAUUUGUCAAAACUACAGUCCAAAAAAUUUAAAGAUAAAGAAUAUCCUGACAGGGCUGUAUGGACCUAACAUCCUUUGCCUGUCUCAAAUAAGAGGGAAAAUAAACAAAAAAAAAAGUAUUUUGAUUUGACGCGCGACGCGCGAAAAUUGGCGCUCUUUUAAUUUCGAUUCCAUAAUUACAGUAGAUAACAAUUUUAUUGGUUUAUGAAUUUACGAGUGGAUAAUCAUAAUAAUGUUUUAUCCAGUUGACUCACUGAAGCGUGGUGGUAGAUUUUACUUGUGUUGGGUAGCAGAUUCGUGGCCUCUGCGAUUUGCUACGAUAACUCAUAGGCAGCUGUGGUCUCAAGAUAUUCGUAAAAUAUGUAAUGAUUUAAUGGAGGUAAUGAAUAAUGAAUCUGGUCGACCAGUCUGCAGAUUUUCACUUCGUCUUAGUUCACAACUUAUGAGAGGUGUGGUGAGACUUUAUCAACGAAAAGUCACUGUUUUUCUUGGGGAUCUGUGCAUGAUCAACGCUAAUGUUACCAAACAUGUUAACAAAAAAUGGAAUAUUUGUGAGGAGGUCACUGAUGUUCCACAGCGUUCCUUGCCAAGACUACCAACUGUUCAAUUAGUUGCCCAAGAAGAACCAGAAAAUGGACAAAGAAUUGAAGAGAUUAUUCAGAACAGUGGAAAUGUUGUCGGCAAUAUAGAGGAAAUAACUCUUAAAGAAUCUGCCAUCCCUCAAGUCACACUGCCACCUAAUGACGGUUUCGGCGAAGAAAAUCCGGAACAAGCGCUGCAGCUGCUUAAAGACCAGACUAUAGAGAUGAUGCUUGUUCAAGACAAGUCGAUACAUUAUAGCGGACUGGAUCUAGCGUUAGAUGUCACAGAGAAAUCGCACGAUAAGUCGCGUUUCGUCGCACACGAUGUACAAAUGGAACCUAUAGCGGAACUUGAUGCCACAAUGUUCAGAAAAUAAGAACCACGAGUCGAAAUAAUUCCGCCCCAAGAAGUUCAAGAACUAACGAGACCGACUGAAGAAACGACAGCUAAAGAACAAACAGUAGAAAUACAGUUGGAGGAACUCGAAGAGGAGCCGCAAACGAAGCGACGUCGCUUGAAGGAUAAGUUGAUUAUCGAUAAAAAGAUAAAACUCAGCUCAGACUAUCUCGUCACUCGUAUUGAGAACCCGCGAAUCGAAUUACGUUGCGAGGAAAGUUCAGAUGAUAUAGUAGACCUAAGUGUACCAGUUGAUAUAUUAUUUCGUCGUCCGUGUCACGCAGGCUUUCGCCUGCAUUCUAACAUUAGCAUGCCGUUGACGAGAAUGUAUCAAAGAAGACUCGAAAUUGUCCCAAAACAUCCAAGAGCUGAUAGGGAAAUGGAG